CAUCCACAUGCUUGAAACGACCUGCAUCUCGCUCAGCCCAUCUGCCGCCCCCGGUGCAUGCGUGCGCUGUUUGGCCGCAGGGUGCAGGUACAGGUACGGCGCUGGGUGAUGUCGGUGCCCGGGCCGGCCACUGAAGGAGAGGCCUCUGCUUCGGGUCGACUGGCGCGCCAGGGUGGCAAGAGGUCGAAGAAGAAGGCGCAGGGCUAUGCCAACGAGGGGGCUGAAAACUCAGGGCGAAGAGGGCCCAGUGGACAGGAGCUUAAGGGCCCUUUGCAGAAGACCACAGCGGUGGAGGUGGCACCGGAGGAGUCGGAGAAUGUCCUGAAGACCCCUGCCAUCGAGGCGGAGAACGUCCACAAGGUCUACGACGCCAUCGCCAGCCAUUGGAAUCAUACGAGAUACAAGGCCUGGCCCAGAGUCGAGGCCUUUGUGCGGUCCUUGCCGCGGCAUUCGUUGGUAGCGGACCUUGGUUGUGGCAAUGGAAAGAACCUGCCAGGGCCCCCUCCGGUCCGGUCUGUGCCUCACGUGAAGGAGGCCGGUGGCUUCGCGGUGGCCUCCGACAUCAGCGCUCCUUUGGCACAGAUUGCCGCAGAGGAGCACGGCGCGAGCUGCAUGGUGGCCGACUGUUUAGCAGCGCCCCUGCGGGAUGGUGCCUUCGAUGCCGUGCUGUCCAUUGCGGUGCUGCACCACCUCUCCACCCGUGGGCGGCGCGUGCAGGCGCUGCGUGAAGCGGCGCGGCUUUUGAGAGUGGGUGGACAGCUCUUGGUCUACUGCUGGAGCUUCGAGCAGGAUGACGACCGCUCCAGAUCCCGACACCGCUUUGUGGCGCAGGACGUGCUGGUGCCCUGGAGCUUCCGCACGCCGGGCCUCAAAAAGGGCAAGCCUUCGGAACAACCAGAGCCCGCGCCAGGCGGACGACGUGGAAGAAAGCCGCAGAGGCCAAAGAUAUUGCCACGUGUACAGGGAGGGCGAGCUGGAAGACUUGUUGGAGGAGGUCCCGCAACUGGAAGUGGUCGACAGCUACUUCGACACCGGGAACUGGUGUGCCAUAGCACGGCGACGGCCUUGAUGUGCCGAGCCCGCCGGUCCAGCGGUCGACGGCGUCGACGGCGAAGGCGAAAAUGCUGCUGCGCGCAGUCCCUAAGCCGCGCGUUUCUGUUGGCCGCAAAAGAGCCCGCCCUCCGCACCACAUUGGGGGCUUGA